AUGGAAGCGCACACAGACAGCGGCUGCUCUGCGCGAGCGGAGAGAAAAGCGCAAGAAAAAGCGAAAAUAAUUCAGCGCGAGGCCCAGAGACAAACAGUAAAGACGAUCUCCAAGGUCCUACAGAAGUGUGAGGAUGAGCGGACGCAGGAGGAGCGUGCACUGCUGCAGCUGCAUCAGGACACCGUACAGGAGCUGAACAGACGACAGAUGCGCACAUACCUGCUCAAGAGAAAACAAGAGGAGGUGUUUGAUGAUGUUCAGAAUCUGAAGACUAAAGUGAAGCAGCUGGCAGGGGCAAUACAGCAGGCCAAGCAUGUUGUCAUCUACACUGGAGCAGGAAUCAGCACUGCUGCUUCCAUCCCAGAUUAUCGGGGUCCCAAUGGGGUUUGGACUCAGCUGCAGAAGGGCCGAUCUGUGAGUAUAUCAGACUUGAGUCGAGCUGAGCCCACUCUUACACAUAUGUGCAUCUGGAUGCUCCACAAAAUGAAAAUAGUCCAGCAUGUGGUUUCACAGAACUGUGACGGUCUUCACCUGCGCAGCGGACUGCCCAGACAAGCUCUCUCUGAACUUCAUGGAAACAUGUUCAUCGAGGUGUGUGUUUCCUGCACUCCAGCAUGCGAGUUCAUCAGAUUGUUUGACGUGACGGAGCAUACAGCUCUGCAUAGACACGGUACCGGUCGUCUGUGUCCACACUGCAAAAUGGAGCUCAGAGACACCAUUGUGCAUUUUGGUGAACGUGGCACCCUGGAACAACCACUCAACUGGACGGGAGCAGCUGAAGCCGCACAGCAGGCUGAUGUGAUCCUCUCUUUGGGAUCCAGUUUAAAGGUGUUGAAGAAAUAUUCCUGCUUAUGGUGUAUGAACAGACCAGCAAAUAAAAGACCAAAAUUGUACAUUGUGAAUCUGCAGUGGACUCCGAAAGAUAACUUGGCUACUCUGAAGAUUCAUGGGAAGUGUGAUGCUGUAAUGGGUCUACUCAUGGAGGAGCUGGGCUUUGAGAUUCCAGUCUACAACAGACCAAAAGACCCCAUCUUCAGCCUGGCCACACCACUAAGUGCAGAAGAGAAGGAUAGCCAUAGUCGUAAAGAGAUAGCGCCUCCUGUUCUGGAGGAUGAUUCAAAAGCCCCACAGGUCCAAGAAGGCAGUACAGUGGUUCAAGGUGGCUGGUUUGGAAGAGGAUACUCUAAAGCAAUAAAGAAAAAGAAAGCAAUGUAAUAAAUCUGAAAAGCAGGGCAUGUUCCUAAAGCACAGUAUGCCACACAGUCGCUCUUACAGACAUUGUAUGUUCACUUAGGACAAAGCAUUCUUAACAGUUCUGGUUAAAUGUUUUUGUAUCUAAAUAUGAUGUUACAACCACAUAGGUCAAGUUUAGCUGCUAUUCUAAAAAGAUAUAGCUCGUAGCAGAGCAAGACCUCUUUAGUGGACUGAGGAAGAGGUUUAUCUGGGUGCACUUUGUCAGAUUUACAAUAAUGGUUUAAUUUUGCUAGGUGCAAUUUAACUCAACUCUCAGGUUUUUAAAUUAAGCAAUAUGUGAUUCUCAUGUUAGCGGUUAAACACCACAUUGAUGAGAUCAACAGACUAAAGUUUUUGUUUGUUUUUUUAGCAGAAUGUCCAGAAUGCUUUUUCCAUAAUGACGAUUGGGGAUGUCGAGCUCCAGAAAUAUUAUUGUUGCACCAUAAAAGUAGUCCAUAAGAAUCAAGCACUAAAUUCAAAGUCUUUUGGAGGCAUAUUAUAGCUCCCUGUGAGGAACAAACCCAAAUUUGACCCAUUGUUUACUGAUAAUCUUCCCCUCCACCACAGCUUUAAUUUCAGGUGUGUUGGUUUGACAUCAUUAAUGGCAAAAAAAACAUUGGUUUGCACAUAUCUUGUAAAAUGAUGAAUAUACACAUCACGCAAAGCUUCAGAAGAUAUUUUUGUGGACUACUUUUGUGGCACUUGAAUGGUGUUCCUUUGUUUUUUUUUUUAGCUUGACAGACCCUGGUCACUGGAUGGAAAGCAGCAGCAUAAACAUUUUGCUUAAUAACUUUUGUGUUCCACAGAGGAAAUGUUUGGAGUGACAUGAGGGUGAAUAAAUAAUGACAGAAUUGUCAUAUUUGAGUGAACUGUUCCUUUUAAGUACAAAUGUAUGCUUUUUUCAGUCAUUUAAAUGUUAUCCACUAUUAGAAUUAUUGCUCCUCGCCAAAUGAGAAGUAUAUAUAUUUCAAUAAAAUCAAAUGUUUAUAUUGACCUUUAACAAAUGACUUUUAUCUCUGCAUACAAGACACAAAACCUCACAAGUGGAAAUCAUUGCUAUAACUAAAUUAUAGUUACAGUUAUAAAUAAUUAUAAAAAAAAGUAACUUGAACCAAUUCAAAUGUAAGUUUGCACAGAUGUGCUAGCAGUUUAAAGUAAAUGUGGUAUAUGUUGUGUAUGUUUGGACAGCUGUGAGUGCCAUUUUGCACUGAAUUUCUGAACAUUUAGUUGUGUCCCAGUUUACAAGGGCAUUGUAUUUAAGACUUUUGGAUUUCUACAUACUACUGUAUAGACAACUUGUGUUUUGAGGGUUUACAUGAUGUAUUUUUGGGUAUUUAAAAUAAAAGAUGGAAAAAUGGACCAUCCUGAAAGUCUUGCUGCAUUUACAUCUGUCACAUU